GAGUAUGUGAGUUCUGAGGAGAAGAAGAAGAGGAAGCCUCGUCGUAACCGAACAACCUUCAACAGCAGUCAGCUGCAGGCGCUAGAGAGAGUGUUUGAGAAGACACACUACCCUGACGCCUUCGUACGGGAGGACCUGGCACGCAGGGUUAACCUCAUUGAGACACGGGUACAGGUGAAAGUCAGGGUUAACCUCACUGAGGUACGGGUACAGGUGAGAGUCAGGGUUAACCUCACUGAGGGUACGGGGUACAGGUGAGAGUCAGGGUUAACCUCACUGAGGUACGGGGUACAGGUGAGAGUCAGGGUUAACCUCACUGAGGUACGGGGUACAGGUGAGAGUCAGGGUUAACCUCACUGAGGUACGGGUACAGGUGAGAGUCAGGGUUAACCUCACUGAGGUACGGGGUACAGGUGAGAGUCAGGGUUAACCUCACUGAGGUACGGGGUACAGGUGAGAGUCAGGGUUAACCUCACUGAGGUACGGGUACAGGUGAGAGUCAGGGUUAACCUCACUGAGAUACGGGGUACAGGUGAAAGUCAGGGUUAACCUCACUGAGGUACGGGGUACAGGUGAGAGUCAGGGUUAACCUCACUGAGGUACGGGGUACAGGUGAGAGUCAGGGUUAACCUCACUGAGUACGGGUACAGGUGAGAGUCAGGGUUAACCUCACUGAGAUACGGGGUACAGGUGAGAGUCAGGGUUUAACCUCACUGAGGUACAGGGGGGGUACAGGUGAGAGUCAGGGUUAACCUCACUGAGGUACGGGGUACAGGUGAGAGUCCAGGGUUAACCUCACUGGAGGUACGGGGUACAGGUGAGAGUCCAGGGUUAACCUCACUGAGGUACGGGGUACAGGUGAGAGUCAGGGUUAACCUCACUGAGGGUACGGGGUACAGGUGAGAGUCAGGGUUAACCUCACUGAGGUACGGGGUACAGGUGAGAGUCAGGGUUAACCUCACUGAGGUACGAGGUACAGGUGAGAGUCAGGGUUAACCUCAUUGAGGUACGGGUACAGGUGAGAGUCAGCCUGGAUCAGCUAUGGGCAGUGACUCGGUUCCACUGAAAUCCUUCAAAGCGGAUGUAGAAUAGAAUAGAAAAUAGUAGAACAUAAUAGAACACAAUAGAAUGUUCUUCUAUUCUCUGACCUCACUCACCAUCUUUAUCUUGACAGCAACAAUAUGCAAAUAGCAUCAUCUGAUUUACACCACCAGUACCUGUCCUCUCUCUCUCUCUAACGAUGUUAUACCUGUCCUCUCUCUCUCUCUAACGAUGUUCCACCUGUCCUCUCUCUCUCUAACGAUGUUCUACCUGUCCUCUCUCUCUCUCUAACGAUGUUCCACCUGUCCUCUCUCUCUCUAACGAUGUUCCACCUGUCCUCUCUCUCUCUCUAACGAUGUUCCACCUGUCCUCUCUCUCUCUCUAACGAUGUUCCACCUGUCCUCUCUCUCUCUCUAACGAUGUUCCAACUGUCCUCUCUCUCUCUUAACGAUGUUCCAACUGUCCUCUCUCUCUCUCUAACGAUGCUUCCACCUGUCCUCUCCUCUCUAACGAUGUUAUACCUGUCCUCUCUCUCUCUCUAACGAUGUUCCAACUGUCCUCUCUCUCUCUCUAACGAUGUUCCACCUGUCCUCUCUCUCUCUAACGAUGUUAUACUGUCCUCUCUCUCUCUCUAACGAUGUUUCCAACUGUCUCUCUCUCUCUCUAACGAUGUUCCACCUGUCCUCUCUCUCUCUCUAACGAUGUUUCUACCUGUCCUCAUCGCUCUCUCUAACGAUGUUCCACCUGUCCUCUCUCUCUCUAACGAUGUUCCACCUGUCCUCUCUCUCUCUCUAACGAUGUUCCACCUGUCCUCUCUCUCCUCUCUCUAACGAUGUUCCACCUGUCCUCUCUCUCUCUAACGAGUUAUACCUGUCCUCUCUCUCUCUCUAACGAUGUUCCACCUGUCCUCUCUCUCUCUAACGAUGUUCCACCUGUCCUCUCUCUCUCUCUAACGAUGUUCCACCUGUCCUCUCUCUCUCUAACGAUGUUAUACCUGUCCUCUCUCUCUCUCUAACGAUGUUUCCAACUGUCCCUCUCUCUCUCUCUAACGAUGUUCCACCUGUCCUCUUCUCUCUCUCUAACGAUGUUCCACCUGUCCUCUCUCUCUCUAACGAUGUUCCAACUGUCCUCCUCUCUCUCUCUAACGAUGUUCCACCUGUCCUCUCUCUCUCUAACGAUGUUUAAUACCUGUCCCCCCCCAAUCUCUCUCUCCUCUCUAACGAUGUUCCCUUCUCUCUCUCUCUAACGAUGUUCCAACUGUCCUCUCUCUCUCUCUACGAUGUUCCACCUGUCCUCUCUCUCUCUAACGAGGGUUCCCACCUGUCCUCUCUCUCUCUCUAACGAUGUUCUAACUGUCCUCUCCUCUCUCUAACGAUGUUCCACCUGUCCUCUCUCUCUCUAACGAUGUUCCACCUGUCCUCUCUCUCUCUCUAACGAUGUUCCAACUGUCCUCUCUCUCUCUAACGAUGUUCCACCUGUCCUCUCUCUCUCUCUAACGAUGUUCCACCUGUCCUCUCUCUCUCUCUAACGAUGUUCCACCUGUCCUCUCUCUCUCUAACGAUGUUAUACCUGUCCUCUCUCUCUCUCUAACGAUGUUCCACCUGUCCUCUCUCUCUCUCUAACGAGUUCCCACCUGUCCUCUCUCUCUCUCUAACGAUGUUCCACCUGUCCUCUCUCUCUCUCUAACGAUGUUCCAACUGUCCUCUCUCUCUCUCUAACGAUGUUCCACCUGUCCUCUCUCUCUCUAACGAUGUUAUUACAUGUCCUCUCUCUCUCUCUAACGAUGUUCCACCUGUCCUCUCUCCUCUCUAACGAUGUUAUACCUGUCCUCUCUCUCUCUCUAACGAUGUUCCAACUGUCCUCUCUCUCUCUCUAACGAUGUUCCACCUGUCCUCUCUCUCUCUCUAACGAUGUUCUACCUGUCCUCUCUCUCUCUCUAACGAUGUUCCACCUGUCCUCUCUCUCUCUAACGAUGUUCCACCUGUCCUCUCUCUCUCUCUAACGAUGUUCCACCUGUCCUCUCUCUCUCUCUAACGAUGUUCCACCUGUCCUCUCUCUCUCGAUGUUCACCACCUGUCCCUAUCUCUCUCUAACGAUGUUCCACCUGCCUCUCUCUCUCUCUAACGAUGUUCCACCUGUCCUCUCUCUCUCUAACGAUGUUCCAACUGUCCUCGCUCUCUCUCUCUACGAUGUUCCACCUGUCCUCUCUCUCUCUCUAACGAUGUUCCACCUGUCCUAUCUCCUCUCUCUCUCUCUAACGAUGUUCCAACCUGUCCUCUCUCUCUCUCUAACGAUGUUCCACCUGUCCAUCUCUCUCUCUCUAAACGAUGUUCAACUGUCAUCUCUCUCUCUCUAACGAUGUUCCACCGUCCUCUCUCUCUCUCUAACGAUGUUCCACCUGUCCUCUCUCUCUCUAACGAUGUUCCACCUGUCCUCUCUCUCUCUCUAAACGAUGUUUUACCUGUCCUCAUCUCUCUCUAACAAUGUUCUACCUGUCACUCUCUCUCUCACCUGUCCUGUCUCUCUCUCUAAUGAUUUUACUACCUGUCUUCUCUCUCUCUAAGGUUGUUUACCUGUCCUCUCUCUCUCUUACAAUGUUUCUCCUGUCCUCUCUCACUAACAAUGUUUUACCUGUCCUCUCUCUAACGAUGUUCUAUCUGUCCUCUCUCUCUCUCUAAAAAUGUCCACCUGUCCUCUCUCUCGCUCUCUCUAACAAUGUUUACCUAUACUCUCUCUCUCUAACAAUGUGGCACCUGUCCUCUCUCUCUCCAGGUGUGGUUUCAGAACAGGAGGGCUAAGUUCCGUCGUAACGAGCGUGCCAUGCUGGCCAGUAAAAAUGCCUCCAUGAUAAAGGCCUACUCUCGUGACCUAGCGGCGGUGGAGCAGCCAAUCGUACCUCGCCCCGCCCCUCGACCCAAUGACUACCUGUCCUGGGGCUCCUCCUCACCCUACAGGUAAGGACAGGACAGGUAACCGUCUCAGCUCUU